AUGGCUGCCACUACAAGUGUUCCUCAAGCCCGCGAGAACCAACAACAAUCAACAGAACCAACAAAUAACUCUACAGCUGGUACAACUGAUAAUGGUACAACAGACGAUAUCGAUAAGGAAGUGGAAGCAAUGAAACAACGCGUAAAGGCUAUGGAAGAUGAAGCAGCAAAAUUGCGUGACAUGCAAGCCGAAGUUGAAAAACAAUUGCAUCCGGAAGAAGACAAAGAAACAGUUGAUAGUCGUUCAGUUUACGUUGGCAAUGUUGAUUAUGGUGCUUCACCGGAAGAACUCCAAGCUCAUUUCCAAUCUUGCGGUACCAUCAAUCGAGUUACCAUCUUAUGCGACAAAUUCACUGGACAUCCCAAGGGUUAUGCUUAUAUUGAAUUUGCCGAGCCUCAGUUCGUUCAAGCAGCUUGUGCCUUGAAUGAAAGUCUAUUCCGUGCACGUCUAUUAAAAGUAACACCUAAACGUACAAAUGUACCAGGAUUCUCAGCUCGUGGAAGAGGAAGAGGACGUGGAGGUUUCCGUGGGGGUUUCCAGCCUUACUACGGUCAUUCACCCAUGUAUGGAUAUCGUGGUAGAGGUCGUGGCAGAGGUGGUUACUAUACACCUUAUUAA